AUGACGAGUUUGGGCAUAGGAAAGGAACAAGAAACACCAUUCGAAGACGAGCUUUUCCUAGAAAGACUCGAGACUCUGUAUGACAGAAGUCUAGCAGAGCUCCGAACGUUUGCGGAACGAGAGUCACGACCGUUUGAAGAGGUUAGAAAAUGCAUGGCGCAGCGGCACUGCAAAUAUCUUUUUGAGGCAGAACCAGGAUCAACCUCCAGCAAGCAGGAGCAGAAGGACAACAUUCUCCGCUCUACGUCUCACACCCUCGAGUCUCUGCAGAAAAUAGCAGGCCUGCAGGCCUUCUUCCUCGUCGUGAACCCGUUUGAUCCAGAAGACAAAGGUUUCCUCGGCGGUACACUCCAGGGACGAGAGUUCUGGCGCGGCCACCGCGGCUGUGGCGAAGCAGGGGCGGAAGCGUUCAAAGCGCAAUGUCUGAAGGCUUCAGAAGAACGCACUCGUAGUUCUUACGUGGCAAGCACACCUGUACCAGCACCGAAUGUGCAGAAAACCACCGUCGUGCCUCGGCAGAAAGGCCCUGCCAGCUCGCUCAAGAGGGAUGUCUACGCCAGCGUGCGGAACGCGAUCAGAGCUGCGUCAGGCGUCCGUAAUGCAGAGAUGAAGUGGUCCGACCACUCCAGGUUGCAAGUCUACGGCAUCCGCUUGGAAGGCUGGCCGGCUGGAGUUCCUGUGACAAAUCCGUCUACACUAACCGUGGCGCAGAAUCAGCAAGUGCUAGAAGCAUUGUGCACGGGGAACAUGUACUUUACGCGUACGGGAGAACCGCAAGAUUCGACAAACCCAGCGGCACCGAGUGACCCAGGAACGUUCGGCAGAGUAGAACUGUCUGAUAAUUCAUUCGAUAUCUCGUGGGCUUGCGAGGAAAUUCCUGACGAUACCGUGGAGUCAUCUUCAAGCUUCGCAAGUGCCUCGUACUCUAUCCCACAACAGGAUCUGACUUUGACAUCUCGUGAGGCAACGCUACCCAGUCCUUUCAUUGUCAGCACACAUGAGACCCAACCCACAGCAGUCAUUGACGUUGAGGGGAUACCCAGGAAGAGGCCCAGAUCGGAGACAUGA